CAACUUCCAUCUCCUCCGCAUUUGUGGCCGUCUCUAAACUAAAUCUCCAUCAAGCUCUUAAAUUCUCUAUACAUGGAAGACGAAGUAGCCAUCGCUUCUUCAUCCAUCGAAGCCGGAAUCGGUUGCUGGGUCCUUCGUUCCGGUGCAGAACAUCUCCGCUACCGCUCAUGCGCCUCUCCUCCUCACGGCCUUGUAUCCGUCGUUGGACGCUUCCUUGCUUCCUCCCAGCUCCGUGAUUCUUCAUCAUCCUCUGGCUCCGUUCUCUUCUGGUCGUGGAACAAGGUAGAAGUUAGAGGAGGAGUUUCUGGUCAUAUUUACUUGUGGGAGGAAGGGGGGUUUGAUUUGGAUAUGACUUACAUUACUGACAAUUUAAUUGCUAUGGGAUUUCCUGCUGGUGAUAUUAGCUCAGGCUUCUUUGGAUAUGUUGAGGGAUUUUAUCGUAACAACAUGGAGGAAGUCAUUAGGUUCUUUGAAACAUAUCACAAGGAUAAGUACAAGGUGUACAAUCUUUGCUCUGAGAGGCUAUAUGAUGCAUCACUAUUUGAAGGGAAGGUUGCUAGUUUUCCAUUUGAUGACCAUAAUUGCCCUCCAAUUCAACUGAUAAUAUCAUUUUGCCAUAGUGCAUAUGCAUGGUUAAAAGAGUUUUUUUAA